CAUACGCAAACAACUUCAAUCUUAGUUUCUUUUGUUUCUUUGCCUCCUUUUAACAAGUUUCUGAUUCUCAUUCUACACUCUACUCUUCUUCUGUUACUUCAUACUCUUUUCAUGAUUUUUUCUUUCUUCACAACUCUCCAUUCAUUUCAAAGCUAGAUAGAGCUCCUUGGAUUUUUUUUCCAAACUUUGAAGUUAGUUGGAGAAUAAUAUUGUAUUUGGGACUUUAGAGAUGACUGAGAAAGAGAGUUUGUUUUCUUCAACAAGUGAUUGGAUGAGAAUACCAGUUUUAACUUUCUUCAAAGAUGCUAGAUUAGUAUUUAAAUCAGAUAGUCUUGGUAGGGAGAUUCUGUCAAUUGCAUUGCCUGCUGCAAUGGCUUUGACAGCUGACCCUAUUGCUUCACUUGUUGACACUGCAUUCAUUGGCCAAAUAGGUCCAGUGGAGCUUGCUGCUGUAGGAGUUUCCAUAGCUCUUUUCAAUCAAGCAUCGCGAAUUGCAAUAUUCCCGCUUGUCAGUGUCACAACCUCUUUCGUGGCAGAGGAAGAUACCCUUAGUGGAGCGAAUUCGCAGGUAGAGGAGAAUGGAUGCUUGGAAGCCGCGACACCGCUGGAUCAUGAAACCAAAGAGUUCUUACCGCAGAAAAAUUCGGAUUUUAAAAGCUUUAAUUUAGUUAAGGAUGUUGAACAUAAGAGAAGGCAUAUUCCUUCAGCUUCAUCCGCGUUAUUUAUUGGAGGUAUCCUUGGUGUCAUCCAGGCAAUAUUGCUUAUUUCUGCAGCAAAACCUUUAUUGAGCUUCAUGGGAGUAACUUCUGAUUCUCCUAUGCUACAUCCUGCACAGCAAUACCUGAAAUUGAGGUCUCUCGGUGCUCCUGCAGUUCUUCUUUCAUUAGCAAUGCAGGGAGUUUUUCGAGGAUUUAAAGACACUAAAACUCCUUUAUAUGCUACCGUGGCAGGAGACGCAACCAACAUAGCAUUAGAUCCUCUAUUCAUCUUUGUUUUCCGCAUGGGUGUCACCGGUGCAGCCAUUGCACAUGUUAUAUCUCAGUAUCUAAUUUCGGCUAUACUCUUGUGGAGUUUGAUGAAACAAGUUGAUCUUAUACCUCCAAGCCUCAAGCAUCUUCAAUUUGACCGAUUUCUCAAAAAUGGUUUUCUAUUAUUAAUGAGAGUCAUUGCUGUAACAUUCUGCGUGACACUCGCUGCAUCAUUAGCUGCACGCCAUGGAUCAACGUCCAUGGCUGCAUUUCAAGUCUGUCUGCAGGUUUGGUUGGCAGUGUCUCUUCUUGCAGAUGGUCUGGCUGUUGCCGGGCAGGCCAUUCUUGCAGGUGCAUUUGCUAACAAGGACUAUGAAAAGGCCACGGCAACUGCAUCUCGAGUAUUGCAGAUGGGUUUAGUUCUCGGAGCGGCACUUGCAUUUAUUCUUGGAACUGGACUGCACUUUGGAGCUACAGUUUUUACAAAAGACGCAAAUGUCCUCCACCUCAUUAGAAUUGGAAUACCGUUUGUUGCACUCACUCAGCCCCUAAACUCUUUGGCAUUUGUAUUUGAUGGUGUCAACUUUGGUGCAUCUGAUUUUGCAUAUUCAGCCUUCUCAAUGGUUAUAGUGGCAAUUAUUAGCAUAAUUUGUCUACUUAUUUUGUCAUCUUCGGGUGGAUUCAUUGGAAUUUGGAUUGCUUUGACCAUCUAUAUGAGUCUAAGAGCAUUUGCUGGCUUCUUGAGGAUUGGAACUGGAUCAGGACCAUGGGAAUUCCUUAGGAGCCAACAACAUUAGGAAUGCAGCAUAAUCAUGGCUUAUAUUUGGCCACAAUUUCAUUGUGGUUCACAUUAUUAUAGGGAUAAAAGUUUUCCAUAGUUUUUAUAGUCACUUGGAUGAGAAAUCCUUUGAAAAGAGUAGGCAUUGGCACAUGCAUGAUUUGUAUUUGCUUGCUGAGGCACUGGUUCAAAAUCUACCUCUGCUUCAGAGUUUGUACAAAAUAAACCUCCUAGUGUAUCUCAUACUCUUAAGAAAAUUACAUGAAAUAUAGGAUCAAACUUGUACAACAAAUAUAUUUACAGGUACUAAAUGAAGAUGAAAAACUAAAAUAAAAAUGAUAAACUUUGGACAA